AUGAACCCUGACGAGACAGGCACUUCUAGCCCUCGAGAUGACUUGGACAUGACAAACAAUGAAACGCCAGCUUCCCAGGUUCAAAAAUGGCAUGACAGGCCUCCAAGCACCCUCAAGUCACUCAGCGCAGUGUCCGAGGCCUCAAGCGACCCGCUUACGGAAAGCUUUGUUCCGCAGCCCCUGAUUGAAAAAAUUGCCAUCCCACGAGGAUCAAACAGCGGACUUUGGACAUCGAAUGGAAGAGUAAGUCGAGCAUGCGACACUUGCCGUGAACAAAAGGUCAAAUGUAGUGGUCACCGGCCCGCAUGUCAACGAUGCCGCGAAGGCGACUUCACUUGCGUCUACACGGACCGAAAGCGAGAGCGAGAGGUCAAGUUUAGUGGCCCAGUCUCACAGAAAUACUUGAUGCAUGAAUGGCUGAUACCCAUAUUUAGACAAUCUGCCGAUCUCAUGUCUCAGGUUCGGAUGUACGAGGAUCUUCUACGCAAUCUGCAUCCUUGUCUCGAACGUCAAUUGGCAAUAAAAAUUGAGAAAGCCAUCGGCGUACUCCCAGGCGCCUCGAGCACGACCCCCGAUGGCCAUCAAGCAAAGAGCAACCCUAUACGACCGACCGAUCAUAUGGUUGAGGACCUCAAUCGUAAUAGAAAUACCCAGGCGGCAGGGCUGGUGGGCCGACCGUCGGAGGUAGCGUGGCUACAUAGUCUCCAGUGUGAAAUGGACAAGCACAGCAAACCUGAAUGUCCGUUGGACAAGUCAGAACAGCCGCCACUGUUGUCUACCAAUUACUUUCUCGACAACUUCCCAAUGUCUAUGGCCUAUCUGAAUAACUUGGCGGACUGGCCCUCCGAAGAUGCUGCUAGUGAAUUGGUGGAAAGUUAUUUUCAGAUCGUACACGCGUCCUAUCCCUUUGUUGGAAAGUUGUACUUUUGGAAACAAUUUCGCGCUUUUUAUGCGAACCCCGGUAAGCAACCAGGCGGGGCAUGGAUAGCAGUGUUAAAUCUGGUGUUGGCUAUCGCUUCACGUCACAACUCUCUGAUGAGGAAAGAACCGGAAACUGACACUGACGUACACAUCUCAUACUUCACAAGAGCUUGGCAGCUCUACAUGAGGAACUCCGCUGUAUUAGACCCCCCAAAUCUACAACAGGUGCAGAUCGAGUCCCUCAUGUCACUAUACAUGCUUUCUAUAGGUGAUAUUAAUAGGUAUGUGUAUUCCAAUGCCGCAUCCAAAAACCGGGGAUUGAUGAUGAGCAGGGCUUGGCGGAUAUGCGGCGUCGCAAUGAGAUCAGCAGUGGCCAUGGGAAUCCACCUUCGUAGUAAGAGUGAAAGCAUUUCUUACAUAUCCAAUGAGAUGAGGUAUCGUCUUUGGUGGGCAUUGUACUCGCUUGACAUUCAGCUAUGCUCAAUGACUGGACGUCCACCUAACAUGAGCUUGGAAUACUGUACAGCCUUUCUUCCAGCACCUUACCAAGAGGAAGACUUUCUAGAAGACCAUGUUUCCCAAUUCAUUUCAGACGACGAUACUCGGAAGGCUCUACUGGCAUCUUUCAUCUUCAGAGCGUUCAAAUCGGACAGGAAAGGAGAACAUGCAGAACAUCUCCAUCACCCCGCUAUGAGCGACAAUGACUCUCCCAUAGCCUUGGCGCCAAAUAGUGUUAAGCCCAACACAUCGCUAUACUUCCUAUUUCGUUUAGGCUUGGCUUUCGUUGGAAGAGCUGCGAUGGACGAAAUACACUCACCUAGCACGGCUUCCCUUUCAUGGGAUGAGUUAGAGGCCUCAAUUAUCAGAAACAACGCAUCUGCUGAUAAUUGGUUGGCUAAUCUACCAUUCGUCUACCACUUUGAAAAGUCAUCGCCGAAUCGCCCAUUUGUUCGUCAACGCACUAGCUUGGCAUUCCAAUUUUACUCCAUCAAGCUCGUCAUCCUAGAGCCAUGUUUGCGUCGUGCGAUCAGGGUACCGUUUGAGGGCUCAUGUAGCAAGCACUGUCAGAUUAUGGCCACUCUGUGCAUGCAGGUAGCAGAAAGUGUCUUGAACCUUUUCCCGGAUAAAGCGGAUAUUCGCUGGCUAUACGGGUAUUGCCCAUGGUGGUCCAUAGUGCACUAUCUUAUGCAAAGUUCUGCCAUCCUCCUGAUCGGCCUUGCGGGUCAAAUCGACCUGGGGGCAAUCCAAAACGCGGCAACGGUGAACAACAUCAGAAAGGCUUGCGGAUGGUUAUAUGAAAUGUCCAAAAACGAUCGUUUCUCCAAGCGUGCCUGGGGGGUCUAUCGUGGAUUAGCUGCACGUCACAACCCAAAUUUGGUGCCUUUGUCAACUCUAAACACUUGA